GUCCUCGUCAUGAAAGAACAGUGACAACGCUUUGACAAAAUGCAGCUGUACUGCUACUUGGUUACUCUCGUAAUAAGGCUCCCCACGUGAGCAGAUAGGUGAGUACUGGAGCUGGUCAAUCAAAAUCGCUUUCCUCAAAAAAGUAGCUCCUCCACACCAAGGAUGUACUGGACUAGUUUGUCACAACAAAAUGGGGGGAGGUCGACACUUUUACAGGAGAAUUCUGGCACUCUGUUUUCUGGAAAUCGUCGUAGAAGCAUACAGGUUGGAGCAGGAAAGUUUGACGCAGCAGUCUCCGAGGCAGUGGAAAGAGGACUCCAAAAAGAGCCUCUUAGAAGCUACCGCACACCGGUCGUCCAGCAAAAGAAAUCUGGAGAUUUCAGAUGCAGCACCUUUGGUGACGAAACGGAAGAAGUUUCCCCAUCGAAAAUUGAUAAUUGGUAUGGCUCCAUUUUGGUAGAUGUAAAGUAGUUCCUCUGCGCUCAAAUACAUUCUGUACUAGCACUAAGUACUAGUACUUUUACAACUUUAUUUUCUUUAUUCAUAUUCAUACUCAUAUUCUUCAACAACAACAACAAUAACAACAACAACAAGAACUUCUGAAAAAGACCUAGUGGUAGUGGGCAGCACACUAAUCCUCUAAUCUUCUCUGUCUUGCCGUUGCCAGUAUCCUUGUCGCUGUUGGAGUCGGACUGGCCGUGUGCACUUUCACGAUUUGAAUUUGAUCUAGUCGGAUAAACUUAAACUUGAUGAACUUGUUCUGUAUUGAACAAGUAGAUUGUCAUGAACAUUAUUGAAUUUGAGUACGAACAACAUGAGGUAAGUAAAAGUAGCCAUCUUCUCAAUGUUGUGAGAUGGAGAAAUGCUCCAAAGUAUGAACUUAAGUUCCUGUCGGAGGAGAGAUGAGCCUCUUUUGCUGGAGCCUGGCCGAAAAACCAAAAGAAGUCAAUAGCUACAGUUGGCGUUGGUCGUGACAUUCUAUUACUAACAAGUGGUAAACGUAAAAACUCUCAAUUUCAAUGACAUCUCAAUCGAAAACGAAAAUCUACAAG